CGAACACACAGACCGUGCGCGCGUCCGCUGCCCGCACCGGCAGAGAGAGAGCAGCACCGGGGGACGGUAACGGGAUCUGUAACGGUGACGUGAUGUGAUGCCGCGCGGGAUCACGGUAACGUAAGAGCAGCAGCAGAGGAGGAAGAGGAGGAGGAAGAGGAGGAGGAGGCUGACCGAGGAGGAUGCAGCAGUGAUCGGUACCGGGAGCAGGAGACACAUCCGUCCCUCCAACCGGAGCCUGGACCGAGCAGGGAUGGACUGGUAGGGAGGAGGAGGAGGAGGAGGAGGAGGCGCGAGGAGACACCGACGGUACAUAACGGAGCAGAGCGCGAGGAGGAGGAGGAGGAGGAGGAGGGAGGAAGAGGAGGGAGGAUGAAUCCGGUGGAUGGAGGAGGAGAAGCGGGCCCGGACGGCCUGGCGACGGCAGGUUCAGGUAAAGCCGAGUGUGUUCGGGCGGUCGACGUCCUGACGGUGCUCAGAGAGAAAGUGGCCUUUGUAUCAGGAGGACGAGACAAACGAGGCGGACCAAUCCUGACCUUCCCUGCCAGGACUAAUCACGAUCGAAUAAAACAGGAGGACCUCAGCCGAUUGGUCACUUACCUGGCGACCAUACCCAGUGAGGAUGUGCGAGCCCGGGGCUUCACCGUGGUGGUGGACAUGCGCGGCAGUAAGUGGGACAGUGUGAAGCCGGUGCUGAGGACGCUGCAGGAGUCGUUUUCCUCCAACAUCCACACGGCUCUGCUCAUCAAACCAGACACUUUCUGGCAGAAACACAAAACCAACCUGGGCAGCGCCAAGCUCAGCUUCGAGACCUCCCUGGUGUCGGUGGAGGGUCUGUCCCGGCUCGUCGACCCCUCCCAGUUGACCUCUGACCUCGGCGGCUCGCUGGAGUACGACCACGUGGAGUGGACCGAGCUGCGUCUGGGUCUGGAUGAGUUCUCUGGGGCCGCCACGCAGCUGCUGGUCCAGCUGGAGCAGCUGGAGGCGGGACUGAGCCGCAUCCCAGAGCCCCAGGACGUGGACGAGGCCCGAAAACUCCUGGAGGAACACAAUCGUCUGAGAAACACCGUCGCCACGGCGCCAGUUGAAGCCCUUGAACGAGAAGGGCGGAGUUUGCUCCAGCGCAUGCGCUUGGUCCCCUCACAUGGCGACGCCUCUAAUGAAGUCAGCGGUGGUGGUUGUAGCCACGGCAGCUGGCUGUCAGGUGGGACGGACUUCCAGAGCGUGGCGCCCAAGGUGUCGUCCCUGCUGGAGCGACUGCAGGCGGCUCGUAGCCACCUGCUGCAGAGCUGGAGCGACAGGAAGCUGCACCUGGACCAGGCGCUGCAGCUGCACCUGUUUGAACAGGACGCCACCAAGAUGUCGGAGUGGAUCGCCCACAGUAAAGAGCUGUUCAUGCAGAGUCUGGUGGAGGUGGGCCAGACCCACCAGCACGUCCUCGACCUCCAGACACAACACCAGCACUUCACCGCCAACUGCAUGAAUGGCAGCGUGAACGUGGACAGCGUGGUCACCGUGGCGGCGAGGCUCGCAGAGGCCGGUCACUACGGCGCUGAGCGGAUCUCCUUGGUGUCGUCACGGUUACAGGAAGACUGGAAGUCCCUGACAGCGGCACUGGAAGAGCGUAGCAACACGCUUGCUAUGGCAACUGGCUUCCACCAGGGGGCUGAACAGUUCAUGCUGAAGGUCGAAGGUUGGGUUCAGGCGUGCUCUGAAGGGUCGUUGCCGUCGGCGACAGCAGAACUGGAGGCUGCGACAAAAAAACAUCAGGAGCUGAACGAAGAAAUCUCUGCUAACUACACACAGGUCAGUGAGAGCGGUAAAGCCUUAUUGGAGGUUCUCCAGCGUUGCCCGGCGACGGAGUCUGAUGACUCUCUGACCAAACCAGACCUCACUGCCUCCACGCACGGCAUCAUGGGAGUUCUGCACCAGGUCAUGCAGGGUCACCAUGAGGUGGAGGGGGCGUGGCAGCACCGGAAGCUCCGCCUCCACCAGCGCCUGCAGCUGUGUGUGUUUCAACAGGAUGUGAGACAGGUGUUGGACUGGGUCGAGCAGCACGGCGAGGUGUUCCUGAACAAACAUGGCGGCGUGGGGAAAUCUCUGCACCGAGCUCGAGCUCUGCAGAAACGUCACGACGACUUCCAGCAGGUGGCGCAGAACACUUACACUAAUGCAGAGAAGCUUCUGGAAGCAGCCGAUCAGCUGGCUCAGUCUGGAGAGUGUGAGGAGGAGGAGAUUUACCAGGCGGCCAGAGACCUGGAGCUGCGGAUGCAGGCGUUUAUUCAGCGAGUUGAACAGAGGAAGCUGCUGCUGGAUCUCGCUGUGUCUUUCUACACACACACCAAGGAGCUCUCGGCCUGGAUGGACGGCCUCCAGAAGCAGCUCUCCUCAGAACUCUGCAUCUGUCCCGACACUGUGGAGGCUCUGCAGACUCUCAUCAGCCAGCAGCAGCAGCAGCAGGCCAACACCCAGGAAGCUGCGAUGAGUGUCAUCAGGGAAGGAGAAGACCUCAUCCUGCAACUCAGGCCCCAGGGCAGCUCGGUGGCCCACGUGGAGUCGGUGCUGCAGCAGCUGGAGGAGGCUCACGUUCAGCUGGAGGAGCUUUUCCACCAGAGGAAGAUCCGACUGGAUGUUUACCUGCAGCUGCGUAUUCUCCAGCAGUGCACGCUGGAGGUAACAGGGGAAAUGGAUGCCUGGAAGCAGGACCUCCAGAAACAGUCCCAGGACUUCUCUACGGAGAAGCUAGCAGCGCCGCGGCUAGCCGAUGUAAACCAGGACAAGCUAGCCCAGGACAAGAUCAACCUGGGUCAUUCGAGGCUAGUGGAAGCUUGUCCAGAGGCGCUAACACUAGCGCAGCAACGCAUCCACAGGCACAUGGAGCGCAGGCUGGCUAUGAACAACAUGAUCUAUGAGGUCAUCCAGCAAGGUCACGACCUCCAGCAGUAUAUCACCGAGGUCCAAGCGUCAGGUAUCGAGCUGUCGGAGGCGGAGGGGGGGCUCUCCUCUCAGGUGGAGGAGCUGCAGCGCCUCCUGCAGGACAAACAGAAGGACCUGCAGCAGAUUGCAGAUCACUCACACACACACCUGGAGCAGAACCUGCAGCUGAGACACCUGCAGAGCCAAGUCAAACAGGUGCUGGGCUGGAUCUCAGAGGGGGAGGUCAUGUUGUCGUCCUGCAUGUUGAACUCCAGCUGUUUGUCUGAAGCUGAGCAGCUGCAGAGGGAGCAUGAGCGCCUCCAGCAGUCCAUAGAGGCUCUGCUCCACGCUGACUCGCUGCAGAGGACUCAUCAGGUGGCUCUGGCUCUGCAGCAGAGAGCAGAGCUGCUGGUCCGGUCAGGUCACUAUGAUCCGGACGCAGUGAGGUCUUGUGCCCAGACGGUGGCGCUGCACUGGCAGACGCUGAUGCUGAGGAUCGAGGAUCGACUAAAACUGGUCAACGCCUCGGCUGCUUUCUACAGGACGUCCCAGCAGGUGUGUGGAGUUCUGGAGAGUCUGGAGCAGGAGUACAGGAGGGAGGAGGACUGGUGUGGAGGAGGAGACCGGCAGCCGGAGCAGCUGCUGCCGAUCGUGAGCAAACACAUGGAGCAGAAGGAGGCGUUUUUAAAGGCCUGCACGCUGGCCAGACGAAACGCAGAAGUUUUCCUCAAGUACAUCCAUCGCAACAGCGUCACCAUGGCCAACAUCUCCGGCCACGGCGUCACCGUCUCCGGGGUUACGGAGGUCACGGGGCACUCCAGGGUUCCAGAGCAACAGGUCAAAGGGAUCCUCAGUGAGCUGCUCCAGAGGGAAAACAGAGUCCUCCACUUCUGGACCUUAAAGAAACGUCGACUGGAUCAGUGCCAGCAGUACCUGAUGUUCCAGAGCCACACCCAGCAGGCUCUGGAUUGGCUGCAGCAGUCAGGUGACCACUACCUGACCACGCACACGUCACCGGGGACAAAUGUGUCCGAGACUCAAGAGCUGUUGACCCAACACAGGGAGUUCUGUGUUUCUGCCAAGCAAACACAGGAGAAGGUUCACCUGCUCAUCCAGCUGGCGGAGAGCAUGCUGGGUAAAGGCCACGCCCACCGCGCCGAGCUCCGUCGCUGCGUCUCCACCGUGGACAAGCGUUACCGCGACUUCACCGUGAGGAUGGGACAGUACCGCCACCUGCUGGAGACGGCGCUGGGAGGCUGCUCACAGGACAACAAGGACCUGGAGCUGGAGCUGAUCCCCAACAGUCUGUCGGACUCGGACCCCGAGGUCAACCUGUCCGACCCCAGCCACCAGGUCAGCGACGAGAAGAGGCGCUCCGCACGCAAGAAGGAGUACAUCAUGGCCGAGCUCCUUCAGACAGAAAGAGUCUACGUCAGAGAUCUGCAGGAGUGUAUCGAGACGUACCUGUGGGAGAUGACGAGCGGGUCAGAGGACGUCCCCUCUGGUCUCAACAACAAGGACGACACCGUGUUCGGAAACAUCCAGGACAUCUACGAGUUCCACAACAGUAUUUUCCUGAAGGAGUUAGAAAACUACGAGCAGCUUCCAGAAGACGUGGGCCACUGCUUCGUCACCUGGGCUGAUAAGUUUCACAUGUACGUGACGUACUGCAGAAACAAACCUGACUCCAGUUUACUGAUACAACAACAAGGUGCAGGAUUCUUCGAGGAGGUCCAGAGGAGACACGGGCUGACGAACUCCAUCUCGUCCGCUCUCAUCAAACCAGUUCAGAGAAUCACUAAAUACCAGCUGCUGCUCAAGGAGUUGCUGGGGUGCUGCGAGGAGGGUAAAGGUGAAAUAAAAGAAGGACUGGAUGUGAUGCUGAGCGUCCCAAAGCGAGCUAACGAUGCUAUGCAUGUUAGCAUGUUGGAAGGUCUGGAGGAGGGUCUGGAGGUCCAGGGCGAGCUCCUCCUCCAGGACUCCUUCCUGGUUUGGGAGCCAAAGUCUUUGAUCAGGAAGGGGCGGGACCGACACCUCUUCCUGUUUGAGCUGUCACUCAUCUUCAGCAAAGAGAUCAAAGACUCGUCCGGACGAACCAAAUAUCUGUACAAGAGCAGACUGAGGACGUCAGAACUCGGAGUGACGGAGCACAUCGAGGGCGACCCCUGUAAGUUCGCUCUGUGGGUCGGACGGACGCCGACGUCCGACAACAAGACGGUGCUGAAGGCGGCGUCGUUGGAGCUGAAGCAGGAGUGGGUCCGCAGCAUCCGACAGGUGAUCCAGGAGAGGCGGGGUCACCUGCGGGGGGCGCUGAGGGAGCCCAUCCCCCUCCCCAAGACACCCAACCCCACGCUGGGCCGACAGCGCAGCAUCAACCGCAGGGAGACGAGUGAGGACGCAGACAGUCUGGGUGAUGCCAGCAGUCAGCCGGACACCGUGUCCAUCGCCUCGCGCACGUCCCAGAACACGGCCGACAGCGACAAGCUGUCCGGCGGCUGCGAGUUAGUGGUGGUGUUGUUGGAUUUCUCCUCCGGCGCCGCAGGAGAGCUCAGCGUUCGCUGUGGUCAGACCGUGGAGCUGGUGGAGCGCUCGGCCGACAGACCCGGGUGGUGUCUGGUCAGAACGACGGAUCAGAGUCCGCAGCAGGAGGGUUUACUGCCCAUGAGCGCCCUCUGCCUGUCACACUCACACAGUGCAGCCGACAUGGAGGGGCUCAUCCCGGCGUGCACCACCUCCAGCAGCACCUCGUCCACCUGCACCACCACGUCCUCGUCCUGCAACUCGUCCACCACCACCACCUCCUCCAACGCCUCCUCCACCGUCAGCAAAGACUCUGGACUCUACAGCUCUGAAGGUUCAGCUCUCCACGCUCAGACGACCAGUGCCACCUCCCCCACAGUGUUCGGAGUGGGCGGGGCUCCAGGGGGCGCUGUGGGCUCUCCAGGGCCCAAACGCAGCGGCUCUGGAACCGGAAACACCCUGAAGCGCUGGUUGACGAGUCCUGUUCGGAGGUUAAGUCAAGGUAAAGCUGACGGACAGAAGAAACCGCCAAUCAGAACCAGGAGGCGGGACAACAGGCCAGAGGUGACCACACCCCUCACGGGCAAUCAGACGAAAUCGAGGAAGGAGGAGGCGGGGCAGAGUGGAGGGGAGGAGGAGCCAGAGGAGGAAAGCCACACCCCUCUACCACCUCCCAUGCAAAUUAUCAAAGACCCCAACAACCCCGAGGCUCUGGAUUCAGAUCAAGGCUCCAACGAGUCCGACACCGAGCAGAGAAACAAAGCGCUGAGAGGACGGAUGUUUGUGGUGAACGAGAUGGUCCAAUCAGAGAAGGACUACGUGAAGGACCUGGGUGUGAUUGUCGAGGGCUUCAUGUCCAGGCUGGAGGUCAGAGGGAUUCCAGAGGAGAUGAGAGGAAAAGACAAAAUCGUCUUUGGCAACAUCCAGCAGAUCUACGACUGGCACCGCGAUUUCUUCCUGAUUGAGUUGGAGCGCUGCGUUCAGAAUCACGACCUGUUGGCCGACCUCUUCAUCAGACACGAGCGUCGCCUCCACAUGUACGUGGUUUACUGUCAGAACAAGCCGAGGUCAGAGUUCAUCGUCUUCGAGUACGAGACUUUCUUUGAGGAGAUCCAGCAUGAGAUCAGCUGCAGGAUGUCCAUCAGUGAUUAUCUGAUCAAACCUGUCCAGAGAAUCACAAAGUAUCAGCUGCUGUUAAAGGACUUUCUCAAGUACACGUCCAAGGCCGGACUGGACUGUGAGGAGAGUGAGAAAGCGGUGGAGCUGAUGUCAUUGGUUCCAAAACGCUGCAACGACAUGAUGAACCUGGGACGACUGCAGGGAUACGAGGGGAAGUUGACGUCUCAGGGGAAGCUCCUGCAGCAGGAGACCUUCUGUGUCUGGGAGCAGGACGGCGGCGUGUUGUCUCGCAGUAAAGAGCGCAGGGUUUUCCUGUUCGAGCAGAUCAUCAUCUUCAGCGAACUUCUACGCAAAGGCUCCAACAACCCAGGCUACCAGUUCAAGAACAGCAUCAAGGUGAGUUACCUGGCGAUGCAGGACAGCGUGGACGGAGAUCCCUGUAAGUUUGUCCUGUGGUCUCGCGGCUCGGCGGAGCGCUUCACGCUGCAGGCGUCCUCGGCCAGCAUCAAGAUGACCUGGGUGGAGACCAUCGCCGCCCUGCUGGACGCCCAGAACAACUUCUUGUCUGCUCUUCAGUCUCCCAUCGAGUACCAGAGGAAAGAGGGCGGGAUCUCUGUGACCCGUCCUCUGUCGUCAGGGCGACCGCCCUCAGCCCCGCCUACGCCCAACGGCCACGGCCCUCAGCCUCAACCUGACAACGAGCAGGACGACCAGGAGCUGGUUCUGGUGCUGCAGGACUUCGCUGCCGUGCGGGAGGACGAGAUCUCCGUGUUCCGGGGGGAGAAGGUUCAGAUUCUGGCGUCCAACCAGCAGGGUCAGAGUCUGGUCUACCGGCCGGCCAACAGCGACUCGCCGGCCGCCGAGGGCUGGGUGUCGCGCGGCGUGCUCAACACACACUGACACACAAACACACACUGACACACAAACACACACUGACACACAAACACACACUGACACACAAACACACACUGACACACAAACACACUGACAGCAGGGUCAGAGUUUACAACUCACACAUACCACGACAGGGCCAAAGAGGCGGAGCUUAAAGGUGGCGACGUCAACUCGUCAGUGAGGAAUUUCAUUUAUUACAUUUAGAAAAUGCUUGUUAGAUUUUCUUUCAUUAACAAACUCAACUUUUGAAUUUAAUUUGAAAAAUGAAAUAUUCACACAUGAGAAGUUAAUAGAGAAUAAAACUUUGUGUCCUUCAGAUGAAUCUCAUGUCGGAAACAGACGUCGCCGCCUUCAGGCUCCACUUUCAGAACUUUGUGCGCUGAUCACACACACACACACACACACACACACACACACACACACACACACACACACACACACACACAGCAGGUACUGUUAAACUCCACCCUCCCUCCUCCACCCCCACCUCGUCCAAUCAGACGCCUCCGUCAGGUUGGCCUUCAGUUUACUGCCCCGAUUGACCGAACCCCCCACUGAUGACAUCACAAACUGUUUCCUGUGGGUCAGUGGGAACUAGAUCACAUGAUCAUCAUCACCAACCAACACAGCAACAGACUGAAACUAUGGGAAGCUGCUGUUGCCUAGCAACAUGAGACAAUGAAAAAAUGAAAGCCUCCUUGAAGAGAAGAGGCGAAAAGAGCCGUCAGCCAAUAGGAAGUGAGCUCUGUCAUCCUGUGAAUAGUGUGUAUAAACAGACUGAGACACUCGCACACACUCCACACACACAUCACUGCGACGGUGACGAAGAUUAACAAGAUGAUAACUAAGAAUAAUAGAGUUUGUUUUUCACCUCAAUAGAGAAAAAAAUGAGAGAAACUGUUUGUCAUAUAAAUGUUUGUGUGUGAGAGAGAGAGAGUGUGUGAGUGUGUGUGGGUGUGUGUGUGUGUGUGUGUGUGUGUAGAGGUGUGUGUGUGGGUGUGUGAGAGGUGUGUGAGUGUGAGUGUGUGUUUUCCAAGGACCGUUAGGUGGUGUCCCGGUGUAGCGUUGCCAUGACGAAUCGUUGUGUUUGCGGUGACACACGUUCUUUGCGUCUUUUUAGUGAACCAGAGCUACCCCCAUCCCAUCCCGCCCCCCUCCCCUCCACUGUUACCAUAGCAACCGGCAGUGGAGCCGUCAUGGCGGUGCGUGCAGCUCUGGUUAGUUUGGAUUUCCUGAUUAUGCAUUUCCUGUGUGUAAAUAGAAAAGACUGGUCUAACUCUGGACACUGGACCUGUCUCUCUGUCCGUCAGACAGACAGUCAGACAGACGGCAGCAGCUCCACCUACUGUGACGUCUGUUUCUACUAAACUCUCUACCUGUCUCUCUCUCUCUCUCUCUACCUCUGUCUCUCUCUCUCUCUGUUUCUCUGGUGCCAUUCUCAGACAACACCCCGGUCCUUAAGGAGCUGAGCACCCUGUCGAGUGCGCUACGUCAAAGUGGGAAGUCGUGCACGUGAAGGGUGUAACCUUCAGGUGGCGCUGGUGAGGUCGGAUCUCUGAAGCGACGAUAAGCUUUGGUUUUAAGGGCAACACACGCUGGAGUUUCUCACACGUGUUAUCACGACAGAUCUUUACACGUCAGGAUCCUGUGUCUUAAACUGCGAAGAACAUUCUUGACUUCGGAAACUCAAAUUAGACAAAACCAUUCAGCGGCUGAUCGAAAGCUGCACAGCACCAAGAUUGUUUAGUCAAGAAACCAUAACGCCCCCUACUGGCAGAGACCGGGAUUUGAUUGAAAGAUUCACGUAUCACAUUUUGUUCAGAGAGAUUAAAUGUUACCGUAGAAGCAACAAGUAAAGAUGCGUGAACACGAAAACAUCUCGAGUGAUAACACACACGAGAAACUGCAGGUUUGAGCUAAAUGACUUCUCCUUCUCCCGACUUGUCGUCACGGCGAGUCGAUCGUCAGUCGUAUAAACGUUUAGUUUAAUGCUGCAUUCAUGUCAUGUGAAAAUUACAGCGAUUUCCAUUUCCCGACAUGAAAAGUGUGUUCACGUCAAAAACCAAGCUUUAAUUUGAAAAGCUCAGAUUUUUCCAACUUGGCGCUAGAAAAUACAGAAGUGCCUGAAAAACUAAAGGAGCCCCGUCCAGGGUGUUAAAGUACGAAUGUGACUUUGUGAACCACACACAUGACAAACUCAAACAACUAAUCAUGAACAGGAGAAUCUCAAAGACGCCACAUCACGUGGACACAGCGUUCGUCAGGAGGAGAACGCUGGAAACCAACGCUACCUUUUAGGAACGCAGAAUGAAUUUGUGUCGGUGUCGUGACUCGGAAAACAGAAAAGUGUCGAUUAAACCUUGUGCACAGUCACGACCUGUGAACUUGGAAGUGCACCAGAGGGAUGCUAGUGCACUGCGAAGGGCACAUGGGGGUGACUGUGCACUUAAAGGUGGAGUGUAGUGCACUGUGGAGGGUGGAGGGUGGAGGGUGGUGCCCUAUGAAGGGUGCAGGAAGGUUUCAGGUGGAUAGGUCACUACUGAGGGUGCUGCACUGUUACGAGUUAAGAAUGGAAGGUAGUGCACUAAGUCGGAUCUACGGUGGACAAUAGCACACUACUAAGGGUUUAAGAUGGGAUGUAGUGCACUACAGAGGAUGUAGCAUAUAAAGCAGUGCACUGAACACGCUGUAGAGUCGUGUACUACGGAAGGUCAAGUGUGUAAAAUAGUGCACUACAGAGGGCGCAGGGUGCUGUUUGAGACUUAGCCUCGUGGCUGAUCGGCGAACUCAACUAACCAAUCAAACAGUGUUAUUUGUACAGAACUAACAGCUGCUAACUGACUGCUAACAGCUCUCUGUCGUUGUUUGUAAUAAACUUCAUUUUUCAUCCAAAA